UGCUAGCUAUGAUCUCGUUUCGAUGUCGCCCUCAACGUGAAUAUACAAUACAACUUUCGUGAAACUCGACGAAGAAAUGGAAGAAGAACGUCAGUGUAAUUUCUUUGUUAAGAAGAGAAAGAGGCUUUGCAGACUUCUUCCAGGUAAAGGAAAGAAAUUCUGCGGAGAACACAUCAACCUAGAGAAAGGAUGCAACGCUAACCAAAAUGAAGUGGAUCAGUCAAAUACUACAGGGCGAAUUCCGUGUCCUUAUGAUCCCAAUCAUACUGUUGCAGUAAAACAACUAGCAAAACAUUUCAAAGUGUGCAACUCAAGGCCCAAAGAACAACCAAUCUAUUAUGAGAAAGGCAUCAAUGCUGGUUCAACUGAAUAUGAUAAGGAUUUAGAAAUGCUACGUCUGGCGAGUUUUUCUCUGGAGGAAAUUCAGCUAAUCAUAUCCAAGGUCGAAUCCGCAUAUGCAGAACACGUGCAUGACGUAAAGACAGAGAUUCUCCAUCACGAUGCCUUGAAAGCAGAAGUAGAGAACCCAGAGAAUGGAGUUACAGCUAGGAAGCACCUCCUUCAGCUCGACUCACUCCUAGGCCAUAUGAACAGAUUGGAUCUUCUUCAGCCAGACACCUGCUUUGUUGAGUUUGGAGCUGGCAGAGGGAGACUAUCCCAAUGGAUACAACAAGCUAUGGGGAAUUUAGAACAGACUAGCUUUCUACUUGUAGACAGGGCUGCUGUCAGGCAUAAGAGAGAUACAUUCUACCAGCGAGACGAUGGAGGGUAUGAACGCAUCAGCAUGGAUAUAGAGAACUUGAUCCUGGGGAAAGUGCCUAAUGUAUGUAACCAUGGAAACAGACCUGUGGUGGCCUACACAAAACACCUCUGUGGGGCAGCGACAGAUCUAGCUCUUAGAUGCCUUAUGGAAACAAGGACAGGAAAUAUACCCCAAGCUUCAUCUGAGACACUGAUUACUAUGAACAAACCAGGAGACGAAGACAAUUCACAGUGCCCAGAACAUUCAACUCAACAAUCUUCCUCACAACGUUCCUCUUCAAGUACUCCCCAAUCUUUUAGUGGUGGAAGUCCUGAUAGCCAGCAUAUCUCGAGUGACAAUGGACCGACUGAUGUUCAGUCCACCAUCAGACAAGGCUCUUCUCCAAGUGAGCCUAGACAUCAUGAAGGAAUACCUGGAGACAACUCCAGCGCACAUCAACAGGUCGUGGAAACUGAUGAUGCAAGUCGAAGCAUAGAACCCACACCGGUGUCCACCACCAUCCCGGUGAAGGGGGUCGUCAUGGCACUGUGCUGCCACCAUCGCUGUUCCUGGAGGACCCACGUUGGCAAGCAGUUCUUCCAGGAUGUAGGUAUCUCAGAGAGGGACUUCAUGGCCUUAGUCAGGAUGAGCAGCUGGGCCACUUGUGGAACAAGACUUGCCAAGGAUGGGGACAAAGAUGAGAACAAGAAGGAGGAGAAAGGCAAGGAGGAUGGGAAGGAUGGAAAGAAGAUGGAAGGUCUGACUGAUGACCAGUUGGAAGGUGGAAUGAAGGAGACCCAGAAAGGAUCUGGAACUGAAGAACUGAUGGAAAGGAGUAAGAAAGGAAAGGAAAGAGUAGAAGGAGAGAACUCUGACAUUCCUGAAGAGCAAGCGUCCGUUGUCGGCUCUCUUGGCCUAUCUGUACCAGAGCGUGAGGAGAUCGGCUUCAAAUGCAAGCGUAUCUUGGAUAUGGGUAGAAUUAUUUAUCUCAGGAAUCUAGGAUUAGAUGCCAAACUGGUAUCUUAUGUAGAGAGAAAUAUAUCCCCAGAAAAUGUUGUUCUAAUCGCUAAGCCAUUAAAUCAAUAGCCACAUAUGUUUUUAUCGUACUCGUCAUCUUAUACUCAACAUGUUAUUUCGUUAUUUAAUGUAUUUUUGUAGCCUCCACUAUAAUGUCAUUUGAACUUCAAUAGUAACUAGGCAUACGUUCACCCUUACUAUUUGUCACUGGCUGCCCACAUGGGACCCCAGUUUAACUUACAAUUCAUUAUAGGUGCCUUAGGGUGAAAAAUUAGAAGUUAUGAAUCUUAAAGUUUCACCUAAUUUUGUGAAACAGUGAUAUGGAACACAUAGGUUGUAUGGAAAUUAGUGAGCUGAGGAUGUCAUCCCCUAACAUUUCUCUAUCCGUUUUGUAUAGAAUUUAACAAAAAUACCACUUUUCUGCUCUGGGAAUGUGAAACAUGGCUUGAAUCUUAAUGGAAUAUGUGCAAAUCAUAGUGUAACUUAUGGAAAUAUAAAGGAUUUUUUUAAUACAGGUGUGUCCAAACUACAGAAAAACCUGGAAUUUUAAUAAACGUAAUAUAUCAAAUUUUAAUGAAACUUUGUUAAAUUUUUCUCUAUUUUAUCAAUUCAACUUGCAAAUGGGUCGAGCUUGCGUCUCCUUUCCCAAAUACAUAUACAUGUAAUUUCUUAAGUACUUGAAGCCAAUUUUAUCAUGAAAUACAUUGCAAUAACAUGAAA